GCGCAGGCGCUUCGUGACCCCGCGAAGGAGCUUUGCGGGAUGGCGGCGUCUGAGGAGGAGCAUGAAGCCCCCACGGAGCCGCUGGACGUCGCGUGCGGCCUGGAGAACGUGCCUGUGGGCGUGUGGCCCCCAGGGGCGGAGCCAGAGCCUUUCCAGUACACUCCCGACCACGUGGCCGGGCCCGGAGCGGACACUGAUCCCGCGGAGAUCACCUUCCCCGGGUGCACCUGUCUCAGCGGGCCCUGCGUCCCCGGCACCUGCGCCUGCCUCCGGCACGGGGACAACUAUGACGAGGACGCGUGCCUGCAGGGCCUGGGCUCGGCAGCCGGGUGUGCCCAGCCGGUGUUCGAGUGCAACGCCCUGUGCCCGUGCCCCGGGCACUGCAGGAACAGAGUGGUCCAGCGGGGCCUGCAGCUCCCGCUCCAGGUGUUCAGGACGGCGGACAAGGGCUGGGGGCUGCGGACCCUGCAGUCCGUGCCGAGAGGACGGUUCGUCUGCGAGUAUGCGGGUGAGGUCUUAGGGUUCUCCGAAGCGCAGAGGAGGGUUCGGCUACAGACGGAGCACGACUCGAAUUACGUGAUAGCCGUCCGGGAGCACGUUUGCCGCGGGCGGGUGAUGGAGACCUUUGUGGACCCUGCCCGGGUCGGAAACGUCGGCAGGUUCCUUAACCACUCCUGCGAGCCCAACCUGCUCAUGGUCCCCGUCCGCGUGGACUCCAUGGUGCCCAGGUUGGCGCUCUUCGCGGCCAGGGACAUUCUGCCCGGCGAGGAGCUGUCCUACGACUAUUCGGGGAGAUUUCCUCACCAGGUGGGCAGCGGGGAUGAAGGCAGGCCGGAGGACGGGAAACCAAGGAAACCCUGUCACUGUGGUUCCGGGGCGUGUGCCGCGUUCCUGCCCUACGACGGCUCCCUGUUCUGCGCCUCGGCACAGCCGGCCGUCCAUCCGGAAGGAGAGGGUGGGAGCAGGACCGGCCUCUCAGCAGGAGAGGGAGAAGGACGGGCUCCCCCGAGGUAG